AUGGUGGCCUGGGUGCGGCAGCUGGCCCAGGACGUCGGCAGCCCCGAGGCCCUCGCAUCCGGCGCACACGACGCCUUGCACGUGCGCUACGGCGGCGACCUGCUGCGCGCCAGGCGCCGCGGCGUCACGGCGUCCCUGCGGGAUCUGCGUGAGCAAAGGGCGCAGCGGUCCCGAGAAUCCACCGAGGACCGAUCGGAGAAGGGCAGGCCCAGGUUCAGGACGAGUUAUGCGAGGUUUUUCGUGGAGGAUUCGAGGAUGACGGGGUCCUGCUCGGAGGGCGAGGGGGAGGAGGCGGCGGGGGAGGGGCAGGCAGAGCCCAGGAUACGGGAGGGGGUGGAGUACCAGGCGGAGAUUCCCACCUGGAGGCCGCGGGCCCCCGGGGGCCCCGCCCAAGGGGAGGCCAAGUGGUUCACUGCCCCUGUGUGGCCGCAGCCCGUGGCACCCGCUGACGAGAACAGGAUCAACGGAAGGCCUUUGCCACGCCCAACAAACUUUUUGGAAGAUCUGCAAGCAAGACAGCAGUGGGUUGAUGAAUCAUCGAUGGCUUUGGAGGAGCAGCUGGGAUCAGCUGCAAAGGUGCUUGGACUGCAGUGUAUGGGCUCCCGGGUAAGGAGGACUUGGAGCGGGGAAGAGGAGAUGGCCUUUGAGACAGGCUUGAAUGAAUUGGGGAGGGAUUUCACAGUGAUACAGCAGGAUUACGUGCCAUCAAAGACGCUAGAAGACGUUAUUCUUUACUAUUACAAUAUAUGGAAGACAAGGUGGACGGAAGCAGCGCAGCGUUGGUACGCCAAGAAGCGCCAUGACGAGAUGCUGCAAAUCAAACAGCAGGAAGAGGAUCAGAAGCUGGCGGAUGAACUGAGGCGGGUUGUAGAGGAAAGGAAGGAAGAGCAGAGGAUUCGGCGCAACCAGAAGAUCCUUUUUUCGAGGGUGCUGGUGUGGUUCAAGAAUGCUGCUAAAGACCCUUUGAACGCCAACAACGGCUAUCAAAAGCUGGCAGUCGAGAGGGCCCGAAGGGCAGCAAGCGUAACCAGAAAAGAAGCGCCGAGACAGCAAUGGUCUGUGACGCAGGGGUGGCCGGGGGAGGGGGGAGGGAGAUUCUUGACUUUGCGAUGA